AUGCCACCAAAACGAUCAAAAACAAGUGAUAUCAACCGUGAACUAUCGGUAGAAACUGAUAAGAUUGGAAAAGAAAUAAAAGAUGCUAGCAUUGAUGCAAAACGACAAAUAAAACAAGUUGAAAGCAAAGCUAGUAAAGCUUUAGAGCAAGGUGCAAACGAAAUUAAUAAUUCUGGAAAAAAUGCAAAAAAUGCUCUCGAUAAAACUGGUGAUGAAAUCAAAUACAAAGCAAAUCAAGCGAAGGAUACUUUUGUUGAUAAUACUAGUACAGCCAAGGCUAAACUCAAUGAAGGUGUUGAAAAUGUCAAGGAUGAUAUUGGUAGAGCAACCAAAAAAACGAAAACUGCAGUAAAUGAUGCUACCGACAAAGCUAAAGAUAUGGCUGAAAAUACAGGAAAAGCUUUAGCUGAUGGUGCUAAAAAUGCGACAAAAUCAGCUAAAAACGCUGCUGAUAAUGCUUAUAAUGAAACAAAGAAGACUGUUGGCAAAGCUACAAAUGGUGUGCAAAAUGCAGGAAAUACAUUAACUGCGAAAACUAACGAAUUUGCUCAAAAAGCCGGUAGACAAGGUUCCAAUGGUGCAAAUAAAAUGGCAAAAGGAGCAUCAAGCUUCAAAAAAUCAUUCGAAGGCUAUUUUAAAUAG